AUGGACGAUUUGGAUCGGAAAGAAUCGCUUAAGAUGGAUAUUAGAGGACAAAUAGGGUCAUAUAUGAGAGAUGAGUUGGGUAAUAAAAUUAAAGGGGUGGUUGCUCUGCUGACUAAAGAGAUCGCGGGUGUUGAAAAAAAUGACGGUGCUCUAUAUGAUGUUGUCACCGGAGUUAAGAAGUAUGCUGCGAAGUUCAUCACAAAUGAUUCUAAGGACGAAUUUGGCAAUAUAGUGGAGAGUUGGGUGAAAGACAUUUUGGGCGUCAAGAAUGGGGGUACGGGAAAAGGCAUCGUCCCACUUGCGUGUGAUAUAGCCAAGCAGAUUGAGAAUGGGUUGAAGGGGGAUUUAGGCAUGGGCAGUGAUUCUACGUCUCCCAAAAUUUCUGAUCUCGAACUCGCCGUCCAAUCCAUUCUAUCCGCUCUCGUAUCCACUGCAAAGGAGACCGCUGGGGAACUUAAGCGAUUCACCGAUAGCUCCGACCUUAGUUCCAGCGUACACAGUGCUAUAAAAGCAGUCAAAGGGCUCGGCGAUCCACGUAAGAUUGGCAACAUUAUUAAAAUUGAGCUCGGAGACAAAGCUACAUUUGUCAACUUCGACACCAAGCUCCACCCGCUGCUCCGAAAUGCCGCCAAAAAGGGUAUCAGCAUGCUAGACACUGAAGUCAACAGCAUCAUUAACCAACAACUUCGCCGUGUUCACGCGACAAUUGGGCAACAAAUUAAUAGACUCAAUAAGGUUCCAGGUAAACAUUUGGGUAACGUUCAACAAAUUGUCGACGGCCUUCAGGAACAAAUUGCUGAAACUCAGAAACUGGUCGCCAAAACAAAGGCAAUUGCGGAAGGCAAUAUAAAACAGCAAGUUGAUUCACUCAGAGACCGCGUUAGCAAACUCAAGUUGAGCAUAGAAGAUAUUAAUGAUAAAAUCAAAGCCUUUGAUAAUUCUCUUCAAAAGGCCAUCCAAGACGCCACUGAUGCAGUUGAAACUGCUCGACGUACUCUGCACACUCAAAUUAUUACUACAAAAAGUGAGCUCACACGUACAGCUGAAGCAGCCUUCACAACCGUCAAAAAAGCAGUGCAAUCUAUGUUCUGCGAGCAGCACAAAGCGGACUUAACAGCUUUACACAAGUUAGUGGAGGCGCAAGAAGGGGAAAUAAAGAAGAUUAUCGAGGCUGAUAAGAAGAAUGGUCUAAAGGGAAUGCUGACUAAGCUAAAAGACACAUUGGUCACUGAAGUCGAUGGUAUUAAAAAUAUUCCCAAAUCGCAUUCAAAACUGUUUGAUGACUCAUUUAAUCCUCCGCUGAGCCGUGCGGUGUUAUUUGCUAACAUAGGCUUCAAGGGAUUUUUACAGAGCCUAUCUCAACAAAGCGACGUUAAAUCAGAGCAGUCAAAAAUAAACGAUCUCCUUGAUGUGUUGGACAAAUUGUUGAAGCGAAUUUACAAUUCCCAGCAUUUCGACCAUGAAGUGACUCAAAAGCGCAUAGACUUUGAAGAUUCACUCAGCAGUUUUAAUCCCGACGUCAUGAACGAUGGACAGAAGAUAGUGCUGAGGCCUUUGAAAAAAGGGUUCAAUGAUUUUGUCACACACCUACGCAACGCAUAUGUCUCCAGGUAUUCUAGACAGACCAUCGAUUGGCACGAACCAAAACAGACUCCAACAUCUACUACGUCUUCAACUACCGCACCCAAAUCGGCUCCCCUUCCAGCAUCCGCUGCAACUACGGCGUCCGUGCAACAAGAAAAGGAACCGUCCGGCGACGCAAUGAAAUGUGCGAGUGUAUGUUUGACCAUUUUACGUACGCUUUACAACCAGCUGCAUUACUUGUUCUAUAAUUGCGCUACACGGUGGAGCAAGUAUACAAUCAACGGUGACGCAACGAACGACCAAAGUAAAAAAAUAUUGAAAACAUAUCUCGAAGGUCAAGGCUACGAUAUUCGGAGCCUAAUUAACAAAGGCCACAAUGGCACACAGGUUGCCGUCAAAUUGAGUAGAGGGUUCAAUAAACAUAGUGAAUUCAGCAGACAACCCGACCAUAAUAAAAUAUUCGAUGUUUACAUUGAUAGUGUUCAAAAAUCCACGACACCCGGCGUGCUUCAACAGCUCUUCACUCACCUGGGCACUUACUACCGUGCCUGCCACCUAACGAUCCACAAAUCUCCUAGAUACCCUUGUUCAGUUAGAGACAUGUGCACCUGGCUCACUGGGCUUCCUCACACUGAAGUGUACACUAAAAUUAAAGGGCACUGUGAAACGUUGAUCAAGCAAAAGGACAAUGUAACUGGUAACAUGCCGUAUUACGGUGAUGCGGUGAUUAGAAAAAUUCUGAAUUCGGACUUAUAUUAUUGCUUACAAUCCACUUGCAAUAUUUCUUACGACGCGUUAACAAUCAUCCAAGGACACGGCUGCGGCUACAACCAGGCCGACUACCCAUAUGGUUGUAAUUUCGUUGACAAUUCCAGAGGUUUCCACUAUCCGACAAACGUCAUGGCGUUGUUCGAUAUGCUUAGUGACAUUUGUCGCCGUUUACUUUGUGCGCUGUACUUUCUGCGUAUCCGUUGUAGAUACGCUGCGUCUCACGGUAACGGCUGGCGUGACUGUGCAUACGGUCAGAAUAUCGGCGGUUCCAGUUGGAGCUGUAACACAAAGCAAUGUGCUAACCAAAAGUGUACCCAAAAGGUUAAGCAAAGUGGUGACCAACGCUGCGAUCAACAUCCUAACUGCGGCGUUAAAUCGCCUCUACAAGCUCACCUAACAGACAGUCUCCCCGGGUGCUUACCACACAAACUGACAUCAGUUGGAUGUUCAUCGAAAUGCUUAACAUGCCCUAAGAAUUCACCAGGGCAGCAAUGCAUACCUCCAAUGGGUUUCUGGGAUUUGUCGACCGCGGCGUCAAAGCAGGGCGUCGGCAAUGAUAUACACGAUGUGCUCAAACGCUUAUGUAAAGACGCUUAUUCACCUUUGCCUAAAUUGUUACAUUGCCUCUGGACACUGCAUCCUUCUCCGCCUCGAAGUUUGGGGGACAUGUUUGCAUUUUAUUAUAACAUGUUCAUGGCGUGGACAUCCACGAGAUUUUCUGACUAUGCGGUUUUCAGAUCUCAUCUUGUUGAUAAAACCAUUCCAAACUGUCUGCCACUGGGCGCAAGUGUUCACAAUGGUCAUCGGGCAUCGGACCUAACCGAUGCUCUUACAAAUCUGCAGUAUACAUCCGAUGAUCACAAGCAGGCUCCCUCAAAGGAUGACAUAACUAAAACUCAUUCCGACCUUUGUAGUAUUACAACGAAAUCAACGUCAUGCACAAAUGGACUCACAUGUGCUCCAUAUAUUCAAUCCUUAUCGGGGACCAUUUAUCACACAUACGCCAACAAAAAUGCUAAUCUAUGUUUGUCAUGCUCAAUGAAUUAUAUGAAGCGUUUCAAGGCAUCGACUGCAAAUCAUCAGGAUGCUCUAAAUGCAAUUGUUCCUCUGAGUAAUCUUGAAGAUCUUAAGAAUAAGCUUAAGAUAUUCACUGUGGAAGAUCAAUCUAAAGAAUGCGAAAAGCUUUUAGAAAAUCUCACUGAAGGUUUAGAAAAGUUCCUUGGUUACCAAGGAACCUCCAAAGGCUACGAUGGCUCCGGCAUCGUGUACUCGGACCUUGACAGGCUCUGCGACGGGGUGAUGUCUUUCCUUCAUGGUGUUCUCAGUGAAGUGAAAAAUGAUGAAAACGUCACAACUUAUGAUAAUAUGCUUGAUUCAGGUAGUAGACUUGAUAAUGUUCUCUCCACUUUACGAUCUAAAAUUGGCUCCGGGCGUGUUGGGCUUUCGGAGUCUGUCACCAAGGUGAAGGAGUGGUUGGGGAAUUAUAAUGAGGAAGUUGGCAGGAAGACUGGAGCAGUGAAGAACAAAUUAGGUGACGGGAAUUACUACAAGGAAAUUGCGGGACGAUCGGGACAGGAACUCAAGAAGCAGCUGGAGGGGUGGCAAUCGACGAUUGGCAAGAUUCAGCACACUGUAGACACUAUAGAACUAAAACUUAACGACUUAGAUCUUAAUCUUAGACAUAAAGUACGUAGUGAAAUGAAUGAUAUUGGUGGUGCAGUUAGAACGCUGAAUGAGAGUGCGUGGGACGAUGCGUUUGGGAGGCAGGUGCAGGAGGUGGACAGGGAAUUGAGUGCGCAGACGGCAAGAGUGGAGCAGCAAAUUGUUGAGAAUUAUGAGUAUCUGCGAAAUAUGUUAGAGACGAAGUUUGACGGCAAUUAUAAAGACAUGAUACUUGGUGCGUUUGACGAUAUAAAGAGAGAAGUUGCCAAUGUUUACAACACUCUAAAUGAUGAGAAGGUGCGGCUUGCCGGUCUGGUCAGUACAAUGCAGAAGACACUGGAGACACUGUCUACAACUUUUGCAACUAGUGUGAAAGGGGGCAUAAAAUGCGAUUUGGAGAGUUUGAGAGGAAGAAUUAAUGGGCUUACAAAUGGUAUGGACAAAGCGCCCCAAAAGAAUAUUCUUGUUCAAUGUGCGUUGUCGGAGCUUGGCACGGCUUUGGCUGCGCUUCAAAAGGUUACUGGUCCGAUUAGCGAGACGUCCAAGAAACUUGGAAGUACGUGCGCUGCAUUUCAAGACCAGAUGGCUAGUGUAAUCCAAGGUGUGGAAAUUAUUCAGUCAGUAAAUAUAUCUGGGAAGUUAUCAAAAUCUGUCAUUGAACUAAGUAAGCAUCAGAAGACGUUAGAACAGAUUAAAGGAAUUACUAAGGUUAAAACGUCGAUAAAUAAUGAUAUUGCAGGGCUUGUAAAUGAAUUGAAUGAUGGGGUUAAUACUAUUACACAAUUGUACACUUAUCUAAAGACUGCAAGUUAUGCCAUGGCAUCGAACGUUAAAGAUGCAGUCGACAAAGCAGGCGGUGCAAUCAACAAACUCGGCGAACAACUUAAGACGGCGGUGCAACAGGCGCACGAAGUGGUAAAGGAUGCAGCAGAUCUAGAGACCGUCCGAAGAGCUGAAUCGAAGCUUUUGAAAUUUCAAAAGCUAAAAGAAACCCUAUACGGCAAAAAGAAGUUGCCCGAGUCGCCUGAAAUCGGUUCUCUAAUGCAGCUUUUCACUCAAUUGACCGCUGAUAUUGCUGGAAAUGGCGCCAGCUCACACAUCGCUCUUGACGCCGCCGUUAACGCCUUCCACUCUAACGCCACAGGUCGUAUCAGAGGAGCCGCCCAAACAGCAAUUUCGCAGGCGUUUGUUAAGGUGACGGAGGACAUCGCACUCUUCGAGAAGAACGGAGAAGGAACAAACCAGGUCAAAACCGUUUUGCGUGAUUUAAAAAGCCAAUUCGCAACACUUGGCACGUACAUAACGCGGGACCAACAUGGGUCAAUUGACCAGAAAAUUAAAAAAAUUGAAACCCACUUCACUGAGCUUAAUGGCAUUUCAAAGGAGGAACCGGAUGGUGUAAUCAACCAGAGGAGGAAGAGGGCGGAGGAGCUUAUGAAUGAGCUGAAAGAUGAAAUCCAGAAUAAAAUUCGUUCCACUUUGCAAGCAGUAGUUGACACAGAUUUGCAUCUUCGAAAUGCCAUUGAUACCGUUUACGAAGCUCUCCUGUCAGCGCGUAAAAAUAGCAAUAUAGCCUUAGAAACUCUAAAAAACAAUCUUCUCGCCAUAUCUGCUGACGCCUUCAGAAUAGUGAAGGAAGAGGUCCGCUCCCUCUUCACCCACCAAAAACUCGCCGACCUCUCCGCGCUGCACAAACUAGCCGAACGCCAGGCCAAAAAGAUCAAAAGUAUAAUUGACACCGAUGUAACAAACGGCGUCAAAGGUUUACUAAAUCACAUGGGAACAUGGUUACCGCACAAUAAAUCACCUGUCAUCUUCAAAAAUCUAACAUACUUUAGCGAUGUCGCCGUGGAUUCCAAGUAUCUCCUAGAUGCCCUCCUCUCCUACACCACCGAUCAGGUCAAGACGCCGAGCAAGGCGAAGAAGGGAGAGAAAGAAAAUAGCGAGGAGUCCAAGAAAGUUCAAGAAAUCCAGGCAACAGUAAACAAAUUACUCUCCCACCUCUCUGCAUCUGACAAACUAUACAACUUCGACUAUGCAUUCCAACAAAAACUCUCCGCACUCACCGACGCUGUUACCAACCUGUCCGCCACAAAAUUCGCCGGCCACCAGAAUCCCGAAUUGCUCGACGCGCUGAAAAAGGGAUGCUUGGCGUUACCGGCGAGUUGA